CACCAUGAUCUCCCUGUCCGACACCCAGAAGAUUGGAAUGGGACUAACAGGCUUUGGAGUUUUUUUCCUUUUCUUCGGAAUGAUACUCUUCUUUGACAAAGCUCUUCUGGCUAUUGGAAAUGUUUUAUUUGUGGCUGGCUUGUCUUUUGUUAUCGGUUUAGAAAGAACAUUUAGAUUCUUUUUUCAAAAACACAAAAUGAAAGCAACAGGCUUUUUCCUGGGUGGUGUGCUCAUAGUUCUCAUUGGCUGGCCUUUAAUAGGAAUGAUUCUUGAAAUUUAUGGGUUCUUCCUAUUAUUCAGGGGGUUCUUUCCUGUGGUGGUUGGCUUUAUUAGAAGAGUUCCAGUUCUUGGAUAUCUCUUGAAUUUACCUGGUAUAAGCUCGCUUGUAGAUAAAGUUGGAGAAAGCAACAACAUGGUAUAAUGGCAAGAGGGGAGAAGACUGACUCUAAACUUACUGUAUUAUUUAUGAAAUCCUUUUGAAGAAUACUCAGCACAAAGAUUAAGUUGUGUACAAAGGAAAAGCUUGUUACAUUCUUUACGUAAGUUUAAUUUAAAAUGUAUAGUCAACAAUAUACCUUAGAGAAGAAGCUCAGCAAGUAUGCUUCUAGGAAAGUAACUCCAGAGGUCAGGAAGUAAACUGAAGAGGUGAAAGUCAUGGAAUAACCCAUGUUAUAACUGUUCAAGACAAUUUUUGUCGGUUUUGGAAAACACGAUAGAGGCGGUGAACCCUUGUGGAAUUAACAGUGCCUGUACUUUACCUCCUUAUUUUGAAGGU